CGUCGUUACGUCACGAGGCUUCCAGAAUAAAUAUGGGAGGGCCUCACGCUGAGUGUUUUUAUUUAUUUCUUUGUGACUGAAAGAAGGAAAACACUGACAUCCUCGCAUUGGCGUAGCGAUGCGCAUCAGUAUUAGGACCGUCCCGUAGUUUCCCUCGAGUGUUUGAAGUGACAGGAAUCUAAAGGGUGGAGAAUGAAGCGGCGCAAUGCGGACUGCAGCAAACUCCGUCGCCCGUUGAAACGGAACCGAAUCACCGAGGGUAUUCACAGCAGUACCUUUCUAUACCUGAAGUUCCUUGUCGUUUGGGCGCUGGUUCUGCUGGCUGAUUUCGUGCUGGAGUUCAGGUUCGAGUAUCUGUGGCCUUUCUGGCUCUUCAUCAGGAGUGUUUAUGAUUCCUUUAGAUAUCAGGGAUUGGCGUUCUCUGUGUUUUUUGUGUUUGUUGCAUUCACGUCAGACAUCAUCUGCCUCCUGUUCAUCCCCAAGCAAUGGCUGUUCUUUGCUGCCAGCACGUAUGUCUGGGUACAGUACGUCUGGCAUACAGAGCGAGGCGUUUGUCUACCCACUGUCUCUCUCUGGAUUCUUUUCGUCUACAUCGAAGCAGCCAUCCGAUUCAAGGAUUUAAAACAUUUUCAUGUAGACCUUUGCCGUCCAUUUGCAGCUCACUGCAUUGGCUAUCCGGUGGUGACGCUGGGCUUCGGCUUCAAGAGUUACGUGAGCUAUAAGAUGCGUCUGCGGAAGCAAAAGGAGGUGCAGAAGGAAAAUGAGUUCUACAUGCAGCUCCUACAGCAGGCCCUGCCGCCAGAACAACAGAUGAUUCAGAGACAGGAGCGAGAGACAGAUGAGGCCAAUUCAAAAGCCACAUCUGAAGCAGAUUCUGCGUUAGUGGCUCAGAACGGCAUUCCUAAUACCAAGAAACUGCCCAUCUCUCUACCUGAACUGGAGUACAAGGAGAAGGGCAAAGAUGGGGGGAAAGACAAAAAACAGCAGCAGCACAGCAUAGGAAUAAACAACAACAUCUUACAGACUGUGGAUGCUAAACUACAGGACAUUGAGUAUAUGGAGAACCACCUAAACACUAAGAGACUCAACAAUGAGCUCGGCAGCAGCGCAGAGAACCUGUUCCUAAAAGAGGAGGUAGGCGGUGGAGGAGGAGGCUCUGCCCCCUCUAAACAUUACAAAAACUCCUCCCCCCGUAGCCACAACUCCACCAAUGGCAGCGUACCAUCCUCCUCAACCAGCAGGAGUGAAAAGAAACAGAAGUGUACGGGGAAGAACCUGGCACCUCACAGAGAUCUGAUGGAGAACUGUAUACCCAACAACCAGCUCAGUAAGCCAGAUGCAUUAGUGCGGCUUGAGCAGGACAUAAAGAAGUUGAAGGCUGACCUGCAGGCGAGCAGACAGGUGGAGCAAGACCUGCGCAGUCAGAUCAGCUCUCUGAGCAGUGCCGAGAGAAGCAUGCGCUCUGAGCUGGGGCAGCUCCGCCAGGAAAACGAGUUACUGCAAAACAAGCUUCAUAACGCUGUGCAGGCCAAGCAAAAGGACAAGCAAAUGAUUGUGCAGCUUGAGAAGCGACUCAAGGCAGAACAGGAAGCGCGAGCCGCCGUGGAAAAGCAGCUUGCAGAAGAGAAGAAAAGAAAGAAGAUGGAAGAGGCUACAGCUGCACGUGCUGUCGCUCUGGCAGCUGCCUCCAGAGGGGAAUGCACAGACUCGCUGAGGAGUCACAUACGUGAACUGGAGUCAGAAUGCAAGAAGCUCAUGCAUGACAUGAAGCUAAAGGAGGAACUCAUCAGAGAGCUAGAGCUCAAAGCGCAAGAGCUGCGUAAAUAUAAGGAGAGCGAAAAGGACACGGAGGUUCUAAUGUCAGCACUGUCGGCCAUGCAGGACAAGACCCAGCAUUUAGAGAACAGUCUGAGUGCUGAGACCAGAAUAAAACUGGAUCUCUUCUCAGCACUCGGAGAUGCCAAGCGACAGCUAGAGAUUGCUCAGGGUCAGAUAUUGCAGAAGGAUCAGGAGAUAAAAGAGUUGAAGCAGAAGAUCGCAGAGGUUAUGGCGGUCAUGCCCAGUAUCAACUACUCGGCAGAGACCAACAACAUGACCCCUGUGACCCCACAUUACUCCUCCAAGUUCAUGGACACCAGUCCUUCCAGCUUGGACCCCAAUGCCUCUGUCUACCAGCCGCUCAAGAAGUGAAUGUUCACACGUCGUCCACUUCGCUCCUUGAUUUGUCUAAAAGUUCAGUAUGCAAACCAGUGGAAUGGGGUUGUAUUUUUGUUUGAUUUACCCCUCUUGUUGGUAUGUUAUUGCUAAUAUAAGUGGAGGAU